UUAGAAAUGUAAAUGAACAAAAGGAAAUUUUUUAUUACAAGAUCUGCUCUUUGAUGUCUAGCUGAUUAAGUUCAUACCAAAAAAGAAAGAAAAAGGAGAUCUUUUAGUCUCAAUCUUUGCAGAAAAACCUCCACAUUCUUCUCUGAAAAAGAAUUAAAAAAAGUUAAUGUGUAUAAACUACUAAAGCAAUUUGCUUUUCAACAGCCCACGGGAAAUAGAAGAAAAAUUGAAGUGUGUUCAUAGUUUUCUCGUGCAAGAUUCAGAGUCUACCAAAUCUUUCAGGUAACUGGUUAUGAGAAACUAGUCGCCGUGUGUGUGUGUGAAGGCGAAGUCCCCGUUAUUUUGUGAGCAUGGAUAAAGGUUCCCCGGACUGUCCGUACCCCGGUUGCUUCUUCUGCGUGAUGAAAGAAGGGAAUCCAAGCAAGCGUAGAUCGAGUUUAUUGAAAUUCUUCCGAGAACUCCCCUCUCAAGACGAUGACGGCCAAGUCCUCCCGAUCAGUGGCCUUUGGAACACUGCCAUGGCACAUCCUAAUGAUCCCGAAUUCAUCGAGUUGGGGAUUUUCGAAUGCAUGUCAGCACUCAUCUGGAAGGGCUUAAAGAACCGACGCUGGCUAUCUCAUGACCAGAACAUUUACAUCCCUUACUACGCAGCACACAUAAUCGGAUCGUACACUAUGAAUGUGGAGGAGUUCGCUGAGAUGGCGGUGCACGCUGGAGUCAUUCCGGCUCUGGUCGAGCUUCUGAGAGGGAGGCUAACUUGGGUCGAACAACGAGUGGCGGUCCGAGCUUUAGGCCACUUAGCGACUUACGCUGCGACGUUUCCUGCUGUAGCGAGCCAUGGAGAGAUCUUGGAGCUGUCGAUGCAGCUUGCGGUGAGCUCUCUCGAGAUUGUUUACACUCACUUUUACCAGUACGUCGACAGGAGGCUUAGUUACCACUGUGAUCUCCUCACGCGUGGUAUGGGAGGCGUUGAAAUGGAGUCGAGAAAGGCUGAGGAGUGGGCUAGUCAGCUGCAGUGCUGGUCCCUUCAGCUCAUCAAUUGCUUUGCUUUCAAACCCGAGUUUCUUACAACUAUAUGCAAGCCAGAGUUUCUAGCAAAACUUCCCGGGAUGUGGGGAGGGCUUGUUAACGAGAAUUCACCGGCUGGAAUUGGAUUGUUAAGAACAAUUUGCCAUCAUAAGUUCGGUAGAGGCCCGAUUGCAAGCUCUUCCGGAGUUAUAGAUGCGCUGUGCAACAUAGCACGAUCUUCGGACGACUGGCAAUAUAUGGCCAUCGAUUGCCUUCUUUGGUUGCUCCAAGACCCGAGCACCUGUCAUAAGGUUAGCGAUAAAGUCGUGCCUACACUGAUCGACCUUGCAGAAAUAACAACGUUGGGGGAUCAUAAGAAGCUAGGAGAUUCCAUUGUUAGUGUUCUUGAAGAAUGUAUGCAGUUGUCCGGAACAGGUAGAAACUCGAUAAGCAGCAGUGCAAAAGAAGAGAUCGAGGAACUCCUCGCUGCUCGACAAAGAUUAAAAUGGGAAAAAAGCAUGCCGAAAGAGGAUCUUCAUAUCAAACAUGCGGCUGCAUUGGUGGUUAAACUCGAAGGGAACUCCCUGUUUUCGUCCGGGGAUAUUUCUGCGGCCGCUUCAAAAUAUUCCGAAGCGUUAGCUUUGUGCCCGAUGAGGUCGAAGAAGGAAAGGGUGGUGCUGUACAGUAAUCGAGCGCAAUGCCAUCUCCUGCUGCAGCAACCGUUGGCCGCGAUAAGUGAUGCCACUCGCGCACUUUGUCUUCACAGCCCCGUCAACCGCCAUGCUAGAAGCCUGUGGAGACGAGCGCAGGCCUACGACAUGCUUGGUUUGGCCAAAGAGAGCCUUCUAGAUGCUAUUUUGUUUAUAAACGAGUUCUCCCAGUCCGCUGAUCCCGAUCUCUCCUUGAGGCAGAACAAAGUGCCCGACUAUGCAGAGCGCUUGGUCAAGAAACAGAUGCGGGCUGCCUGGUUGUUUAGAGAGGCUUCUGUCAAACACGGAGGCGUGCAAUGUGAAGGCGAUGCUGGCGACCACUGUGGCCAAGAGACGGAGGACUCGGAAUGGGAAACGGCCAGCGAGAGUGAUAUGGGAAAUGACGUUAAGGAUGACUUGGGUGAUGAUUUUGAGAGGAAGGAUAGGCAUGUCAAAACCUUGAUGAAAGAUAUGUAGCUAGAGUGAAUGGGAUUUGUUGCUCACCGGGGACGUGAGAUGAGUUUUGGCCGAUCCGUAGCCUCGUUUUGGGCGUAAGCACGGGUCGAAAACUUGGUCAUGAAGUGCAUAUAAAGAUCAUGAAAAUCAAGUAGUAUUUGGUGGAAGAAUGUUUUUCUUGAGUUGUUGCAUAAUUUGUGUUGAAGUUUACUUGAAGGGAUUGGUAAAUGGUUUGUAAGUUUGUUAGUUAUUUGUUUAGUGUUAUGUUUUAUUUUUUGAUGUAAUCUUUUUUUUUUUGUUUAAUUUUAAUGAAUUGUGUAUAUAGGUUUGACAGCUUGACAUUUGUUUCUACGCUAACCUUUGUUCAUGUUUCAUUUUCAGAUAAAUUUUAGUUUCUAUGCUAA